AUGCUCACGACGACUGGGUACCCCAAUGGAUCGUCGUUAGUCGACGAUUCACCUCAAGAUCAAGACGAAUCGGAACAUUUUCUAUUGGGUAUGGUCACUGGAGAUGGAUUAGGAAAGAUGUUCAAUGCCCGUUACCGUAAUAUAAAAGAAAAGAAGGCAGCAAAGAUGACAUAUCGAGCAUUGAUCUACAACUGUUUGGAGCGGCCGACAGGAUGGAAAUGCUUUCUUUAUCACUUCAGUGUAUUCCUAGUUGUUUUGAUUUGUCUCAUUUUAUCAGUGUUAUCAACUGUCGAAGAGCAUAGCCAUUUUGCAGCCGAGCUUCUUUAUAUUUUGGAAAUAUUCCUAGUAAUCUUCUUUGCCAUUGAGUAUGUUGUUCGCCUAUGGUCAGCUGGAUGUAGGUCCAAAUACAUUGGAUUCUGGGGAAGACUCAAAUUUGCAAGGAAACCCAUUUCUUUCAUUGAUCUGUGUGUGGUGCUCGCCAGCUUCACAGUUAUUUGCUUUGGAAGUGAGGGACAAGUGUUCGCAACCAGUGCCAUAAGAGGAAUCCGAUUCCUUCAGAUUCUUCGGAUGCUUCAUGUAGAUCGGCAAGGUGGAACAUGGCGACUUCUUGGAUCCGUCGUCUUCAUCCAUCGUCAAGAACUGAUCACCACCCUCUACAUCGGAUUCCUCGGACUCAUUUUUUCCAGUUACUUUGUCUAUUUGGCUGAAAAGGAUCAUGUUGGAAUCGAUGGUCGUCAAGCAUUCACAAGUUAUGCGGAUGCUCUCUGGUGGGGAGUUAUCACAAUGACUACGAUAGGAUACGGAGAUGUUGUACCUCAAACUUGGAUGGGACGAAUCGUGGCUUCCUGCUUCUCAAUUUUUGCCAUUAGUUUCUUCGCCUUGCCAGCUGGUAUUCUGGGAUCUGGAUUCGCGUUGAAAGUACAACAAAAACAGCGACAGAAGCAUUUCAACCGUCAGAUUCCUGCCGCAGCAACUUUAAUUCAAUGCCUUUGGAGAUGUCAUGCAGCAGAAAAGAGGAUAUCUGCCACCUGGAAUGCACAUAUUGAUCCAUUGGCUCAUGAGACAAAGGAAACACAUCAUGGGCAUUCGAAGAAGCAUCAGCAGUCUUCGGAUGAUAAUAAUGUCACGAGAAAGAGACAACUGUUUAAAAAACAAUCAAGUCUAGUCAACACGUUCCGAAGGAAAGGUUCACCGUCUGCCGAUGUGGAAAUGGGAGGAAUCAAUCAUCAUCAGGAACGACUUCUUCGUCAGGAAAGGGGAUCGGACACAGAUGAUGAAAAGCGGGUUUAUAGAAUUGGAACAGAUAUAGAGAUAGAAUACGAAACAGAAGAAGCGAAUACGCCAACGAAACUGCGUCCGGAUACUCAUAUCAGUCAUGUUUGUGAGCUCACAGAAGCACAUCGUAAUGCUAUUCGAGCAAUAAGAAAAGUCAAGUAUUUUGUGGCAAGGAGGAGAUUUCAACAGGCAAGAAAACCGUAUGAUGUGAGAGAUGUUAUUGAGCAAUAUUCACAAGGACAUCUGAAUAUGAUGGUUAGGAUAAAGGAACUGCAAAGGAGGCUGGACCAAACUCUUGGAAAACCAGGUCAAUACGAUGGGAAAGGGUCUCGAAAGGGUCACCCUGUCACAAUUGGUUCCAGAUUGUCGCGUCUAGAGUUACAGAUGUCGAGUCUCGAUCGAAAAGUAGAGUCUAGUAAUCGAACACUAAGUGCUCUGUAUCGAUUGAUGGUCGACAGAAACUCGCUGACGAUUUCACCGUCACCACCGGCAUUGAUGAGUAGACCAGUGUCACCUGCUAACUGUUUAUCACCGAGAGAUCAACUCUCGCCGACGAGUAUCAGCAGCCAAAGAUCGGGAUCUCCGAGCUAUACUUUGGAUCCAAAUGGUGGAUGGCAUUAA